AUGUCUUCGAGCUCAUCGACGUCAAGGAAUCAGCUACAAGUCACUCAUGUUCAGUCGCAAGAAGGGAUAAAGACUAGGUUGAGGAAAUGUAGCUUCUUUGAAUGGAAAGAUGAAGAACAGGCAGACGGGUACUACAAAAACCUACUAUAUUCUCUGAAGCAGAAACUGGAUGCCAAAGAUGAAAUGUCUAUGAUGAACAAUUUGAGGAGAAGGAUUGCUGAAGUGGAGUUUUUGCUGUCACAUGAGCAGUAUAAGGUGGCAAAGAGUGAGAAAGAAGUUCAUGAUGCAAUGAAGUCAAUAGGCAAGUACAAGAUGAUAUUUGCCCUGUUGUUUGGUUGCUUGGUCCUAUGUGUUUUGAAGUUAGGGGGGUCAAUGUAG